AUGCUCGUCUCAUGGUGGCAUCUCUUCCUGGGAGCGCAGAGCCUUUUCAGACACGGUAAGACUGAUGCGGGAGUCGAGGCUGGAAACGGCACGCAAGUUUAUGUAAGAGAACAGGCCAUGUGUUUGUCUACAUCUGUGGAGAAGUGUCCUGUGACUUUGACUUUGACUAACUGGGCCAUCGGGCUGAGCGUGGCCGACCUGACAGAGAGUCAUAUGAAGAACCUCAACCGAGUCCAUCCCGUUUGCACCAUGGUGAAGGGUUUGUACAGCAUCAGUGACGAGGUGUACCCGAGCCUGCCGAGUGUGUUGAACAGUGCUGGAGUGGGCAGUGUGGUCAAUAUGAGCCUGAGCAGCGACGAGGUCUUGCAGCUGAAGAAGAGCGCAGACGUGCGGUGGCACAUCCAGAGAGACCUGAAACACUUACUCACAACCAACGGCUAUUAUUCACAGCUUCGAACGUUUGAUUGCUGCUAUGACAAGACAUCCAUGCCUAAGAUUUUUCUUUUAACAUCCUAGUUGUAUUAUGUUCUUGAAAUUAUCUUUCACAUGAUUUGGGGGUUUUAAAAAAAUAACAUAUAUAUAAAGGAGUAGUUCACCCGAAAAUGCAAUUUGCUGAAUAUUUACUCACCCUGAGGGCAUCCUAGAUGUAGAUGAGUUUGUUCCUUCAUCAGAUUUUGAGAAAUGUAGCAUUGCAUCAGUUGCUCAGCAAUGGGUCCUCUGCAGUG